AUGAACGACACUGACAACAACCGCAACAAAGGCCAUGACACGGAAGAGACUGCCACCUCAGAACGGCAGCAACAUGAGCAGAACAACCGCAGAAGAAAUAGCAGCGUAGUGAUUAGAUGCGUGCUGAGAUUGAAGGGCCUCACCUACACGAGUUUGGCAUCUAGGGUGUGCGAUGAAGAUGGCUCGCUCAUCUUCUCGAACCUUCAGGCCACUCUCGUGGAGGACAUCAAUCACUUCCUGGGCCUGAAGGUCAUGGAGUUCGAGUUGGGAACCUUUCAGCCCAGGGUGCUCCUUGCAGUUCUCUGCAUCUUCCUCUGGAAUCUGUGCGUCUUCAAAGAACUUCGCACCAUUUGGCAGCUCAUGAAGGUGAUCUUCCAUGUGCCGAAGGCCAGGGUGACUAGUUUCGGGACUGAUGUCCCACGGUUUGCGGCCUUGGCAAAGUCUCGCUGUGCCUUGAUGAGCGUGGUGUGCUUAGGGCGUGCUGUCAUCGCCAUGGUGCUCCUCAUUGCUGGCAGUGUCUGGUUGAUCCUUGAUUCCAUUGACCCCAGUCUGCGACGUGAGCUGCAGAAGUGGAGACUUGGUUUUCGUAAAGAUUUGGGACAUUGGGCAACGCACUCCGAGCUUCAUUGCAAGUACUCCAAGAUCAUAGGAAACGGCGACAUCAUGAAGCAGUUUCAGGAAGAAAGCAAUCGCAAGUGGCAGUGGCCCAAACAUUACGAAGCAAUCGCAAAGCCAGUCGCUAACAUCGAUGAGGGAUUGGAUAACGACAUGCAGUAUGACAUCAAUGCCGCAUGGUUUUCACUUCGGCGCAAGCGUGCGCUUGAGUGUCAAAGCUUCAUUGCCGAGCACCAGAAGCGUGCAUAUGCUUUCUUCGAAGAACGUGUGUCCCAUCAAUCUGCAAUGCGUGAUGAAUCUGAUUUGUGGACAGAAUGGACGACACAAAACGCUAGUUUGCUAUCGUCACACGUGAUAGCUCAGGCCAAACGCAGUUGCGCACACUUUGUCGAGUUGGUACUUCGCGAAGAAGUGCCCAAAGUCAGAAGCCGACUUCAGGAUGCAGAAGCCACCCGUGCUAAGCGGGAAGCAGCUGUGAUCGAAGCCGAGACAAAGUUUGAGCAGAUGGAUCCCCAACAGCUGAUCGCGAUGAUUGAGCUUGACAAGCAAGCAGUUGUGAUCAAACAAGCUGACGGCACAAAGAUCAAAGAGAUCUACCAGAACUACGUUGCAGACUUUGGCUACAAGAAUUCGGGGUGUUGGGUAGAAGACGAGAUGCAGCGCUUACUCGACACAGGAUUCCGGAAGCUCAGCCGUGAGGAAUAUGUUGGCAAAGCGUUUCAGGCGAGAUCUACGCUUGAAUUAGUUGCCGAGCGAGCCAAGCAAGAAGGAGUUCUGACAUCACGUGAAGCGCAUCUCAUUACCCAGAAUCUCUUCACAGCAGGUGAAGGUUCAUUUCGGUUGCGAGUGAAGUUGCACAAGGUGCCGAUGAAAGGACGUCCAAUUGCGAACCUUUCACAUUCUUGGCUUACGUCUGCAAGCUUGUAUCUGUGCGACCAACUUGUGCCAAUACAACAAUCAUUGGACUUUGCGGUUGCAAGCAGCACUGAGUUUCUCAGACAUAUGCCAGUUCAGGUACCCAGCAACUACGAGAUCGCCACUAUCGACAUUCAAAACCUGUAUCCAAGCAUCAACACUGACGACUUGAUCAGUUCAGUGCAACAAUCAGUCAGACUACACUAUGGCGAAAGUCAGAAAUCCAAGUUCAUUUGUCAGCUUCUUGAGAUUUUGCUCAGAAACCAAUAUGUGAAGCACCGCGGCGAAUGCUAUGAAGCAUUUGGCGUUGCCACCGGCAUACCGCCGGGUGUGUUCCUUGCAAAUCUCUAUGUGGGACAAGCUGACAGGGUUGUGUACAAUACCCAUCGCGAUGAAAUUGCUUUCUAUGCCCGAUUAGUUGAUGACUCUGUGGUAUGUGCAACAUGUGUGGAUGAUGUACACAACACCCUGAGUUCAUGGAAGCCCGAGCUUAAGUGGGACAUUACAAGCCGAGGAGGUCGAUCACAGCAUGGGGAAAACGCUGUCGCAUUUCUCGACUUACAGUUGUCACACAUAGACGGGCACAUGGUGUGGCAAACCCAUCGCAAAGAGUUGAACAGCUACUUGUAUGUGCCAGCCGCAAGCUGCCAUCCAAGAUCAGUGUAUGCAAGUACGAUUCAUGGUGAAGUUUGCCGAUUGUUGCGAACCAACAGCAGCAAAAACAACUUGAUCAAGCAUUUGAAGUUCUUUGCAGAGAAGUUUGCAAUGAGAGGUCAUUCCUACAUGGAUGUGUGGCGUUCCAUACAACUUUGUUUGCAGAAUGGUCGAAGAAAAACUCCAGACAUCAAGAAGGCCAAAAAGUUCUUUAUGUUCAUCAAGUACAGCCGUUCCGUUCCCAGCCAUGUAAUCAAAAGCUGCUUGAAGAAGCAUGCUGAUGAUUUGCGACGUGGUUUCAAAGAUCCCAUUUCCGUGAGCUUGGCAUAUACCGUACAGCCUAAUGUGUUCAAGCAUCAUUUUGUCGACAAUUGGCUAAUGGCCAGUCGAGACCAGUAG